AUGCAGGUCAUCGGCUGUGGCAUCCACGGCUUUGGCGAAACCAUCGGCAUCGACGUUGACGAGUUCCGAGUCUUCUGGAAGCUCGACGUCGCCGACGAGCAUGGCAAACAGGUGGCAUACCGCAUCGUCGUGUCGGAAAGCAAAGUCGUCGACGAGCACGGCCUUUGCUUCAACUCUGGCCGCGUAGAGAGCAAUGAGCAACGCAACAUCCUCUGUAACCCUCGAGACGGCUUCAAGUCGACGACGCCCUACUACUGGACCGUGACCGUCUGGGACCAGCAUGGGAAUGAAGCCAUCAGCUCCAUCAACGAGUUCUACACGUCGUACCCUCGGUCAUCGAGACUGCUGCCGCCUUACAGCAUGAACCAAACCUAUAUGCCGCACUCUAGCCUCAUAUUCCGCACUUGGUUCGAGGAUGAGGUAAACCGCUGGAAGGCCGUAUGGAUCGGCAACGGAAGUGACAAGCCUCUCUAUCUCCGGAAAUCCUUCACGUUCCGGUGCAAGCCUUCACGCGUUAUCGUUCUUGCCUCGGGCCUGGGCCAUUUCAAUCUUGCCAUCAAUGGCAGGUCGGCCUCGUCGCAUGUACUAGACCCCGGCUGGACCAACUAUCACAGGACAGUCCAGUUUGUCGGGUACGACGUGACACAGCACAUCUCCCAAGGGGAGAAUGCCAUCGGAGCCCAUGUGGGCAAUGGCUUCUACGCCGGGGACCAAGGAGAUCGCUUCUUCUGGCCUAUGUAUGAGGAUAAUACGUACGUGCGUUACGGAAACGAACUGUGCUUCUUUGCCGAGAUCCAUGCGCACUAUGCGGAUGGUACGCAUGAGUGUAUCAUCUCCGAUCCGAGCUGGAAGGUCCGCAAGAGCGCCACGACGCUUGCGAAUGUCUACGCUUCUGAAGAUCAUGACAGGCGGGCGUAUCCAGUUGGCUGGGAUGCACCAGGUUUUGAUGAUGUAGACUGGCAGCUUGCUAAGCCGCUCACGGGGCCAAGAGGCAAGUUGCACUACCAGAGCCAACAUCCCGUCAUCUUGCACAACACUUUUACACCUGUCUGCCAAGUCGUGGUCAAGCCAGGGGUCAUCAUGUACGAUCUCGGCCAGAAUGCGUCAAUCAUGGUACGAGUCAUAGCCAGCGGCAUCGCCGGGGCAGAGUAUCGCGUCAGGUACUCGGAGACGAUCGGAGAAGACGGCCUGGUACUCAUGCCGGAUCCCUUGUUCAAGGAGUUCGAGACGGGUGUCUACUCAAAGAUCACACUCUCAGGCCAAGAGGAGCAAGAAGUUUGGACGCCUGACUUUAGCUUCACGAGCGCCCGAUACAUCCAGAUCGAAGGAGCCUCACUUGACGGCAAGGACGGUCUUCCCAUCAUUCACUCUCUGACUGCUCGCCACGUCUCAUCUGGCGCCCCGAAGCUUGGCUUCGUCAAGACGGACAAAGAAGAUGUCAACGCCUUGAUAAACGCCUGCUACUGGACAUUUAGCUCCAACAUCUUUAGCUACCACACCGACUGUCCGCAGAUCGAAAAGUUUGGAUGGCUGGAGGUGACAUCUCUUCUCUUCCCGGCCACACAGUACGUGCGAGAUAUGGAAGCUGUGUACUCCAAGAUCCUGGAUGACAUUAUUGACGCCCAAGACCCUUCCGGUCUUGUACCCACUAUGGCGCCCUUGGUCAGAUACAUGUGUGGUCCGAUGCAUGACACCAUCACCUGGGGAGGCGCCGUCUGCUUGCUCCCAGAGCUUGUCAAACAUUACUACGGUAGCACAAGUGUCUUUGCAAAGAUCUAUCGACCAUGCGUACAGUACAUGGAAUACAUGCUAGGCAAAGAACGGCUCGGCGGGCUCAUCGAACACGGCCUCGGGGACUGGGGCUACGCCAUUGCGUUUGGGAACCACCAAGCAAAUAUCGAAACGGCCAUCUACUACAAGUGCCUGCAAAACGUGGCCAUGAUGGCCAAGGAACUGGGCUUCGCUAGUGACGAGGCAAGAUUCACCUCCUGGGCUGAACGAAUAUACGCUGUCUACAACCAACAGCUCCUCGUCACUGACAAGAAGACGUUUCCCUACGCCUUCUAUACCUCUCGGGACAAUCCCAACACACAGGACCGUACCAUGGUAGCCCAGGCUGUAGCCCUCCAGCACGGUCUCGUCCCACCGCAGCACCGCGCCGACGUCAUCCAAGCCUUUGUUGCCGCUGCCGAAGACUCGGGGCAUGUCAUGCGCGCCGGUGAAAUCGGCCUUAAGUACCUCUGGAACACGCUGGCAGAGCAGGACGUGGACCGGCCCGACAUUGUGCUCAACAUGAUUCGACAAGAGGAGCACCCCUCGUACAUGCGGUUCCUGCGGCGUGGGGAGACGAGCCUGCUGGAGUUCUGGCAGGACAACUGCCGCUCCAAGUGCCACGACAUGCUCGGGACGAUAUACGAGUGGUUCUACGACUCGGCACUCGGCGUCAGGCCGCUGACGGACGCGUAUCGCACGUGGAGGCUCAGGCCAUGCUUCAAGGCCGAGUUUGACUAUGUCGAGGGGGAGAUCGAGUCGCCCUAUGGCUUGAUAUCAGUUCGUUUCGACCGUAGAGGCAAACUGGAUAAGGCAAAGGCUGAUGUAGAUGUCAGCGUGCCGGCUGGGACUUUGUGCGAGCUUGUUCUGCCAUGUGAGAACAGCACGGCGGAGAUUCAGAGGCUGCCGGUCAAUGAGACUAGGAGCUUCAAGGGCAAGACGUUGACGUUGCUCCAGGGCCAUUAUAGAUUAGACAUCACAGCUUAG